UUUUCCCUGCCUGCAGAGCAGAAGCAAGCGAGCUCACAAACAGGUUUUCGGGCUCCCCUGAGAGCGGCUGACUUCUGACCACGGCUGCAUACGGCCCCUGUAGCUCGCCUUGGAGUUUCUUUUCCUUUUUUCUUUCUUUCUUUUCCCCCCUCCCUCCUUCUCCUUCUGUAUGUCCUGGGCUGACUUCCUGAGAAACUGAUGACCGGUGCCUGCCUGCCAGCCUGCCCGCUGCCUUGCCUCCGUGAGCAGGCCUGCCUGGAAGCCGCGGCUUCCUGGCUCUGCCUGCGAGCGUGCAGUAUGACAGGGCUCGCCGCCUUCCUCGGGGUGUUGCACGUACAAAGAAUGUCUGAGCGGUUUCUGUUUGUUUGCCUUUAUUAAGGGAAUGCUUUGGAUCUUAUCGCUUCAGAAACUGGCAGUUGGGGAGAUCAUGAGAUUAUAGGCCCUCAGCCUGUAAACACUUGCACAUACUUGACAUGAUAUCAGCCGUGUGAGUGGUCCUGCCGAUACCGUAAAACGGCUCACAUGAGUAAAACCAUGCGUGUGUUUAAAUGCCUGCGGGGUUAGGGCCAGAGAUACCGACCGCAUAACAGAGGAAAUAAGUUAUUCACGGUGUUUGCAUGUCUGUUUUUUUUAUUUUAAUGACCAUCCAUAUCACAAAAACACUGAGCAGACAGCUGGGAAAGAUCAGUUUGAUAACAUUCAGUACUUCUUUGCCUUUGUGGUUAGGGGCGGGACAGCAUGUAAUGGAUAGCUAAUAGUGCUGUAUCCUGCAUCAAAAUGAAGAACCACAGAGCUUGACGUUCUGGAUUGCGGUAGGGAGAACCCUGUUCCUCUAUGCUACUUUUUUCUUUCUUUUCUUUCUUUCCAAAGGGGAAGGGGGCAAAAAGUUUUAAGACCUUCUUACUACAUCAGAAGAAAAAAGGAAGGCAGAAGGGUACCAACUCCGUUCCCCCCCUUUGCAUGUUACUUUUACCGUUACAGUAGGAUUGUACGCCUGCAGCUGGGACAGCCAUGGAGAAGAGUGGGAACAUUCAGCUGGAGAUUCCUGACUUCAGCAACUCUGUCCUGAGCCACCUGAAUCAGUUACGCAUGCAGGGCCGCUUGUGUGACAUCGUGGUCAAUGUGCAGGGGCAAGCUUUCCGCGCUCACAAGGUGGUGCUGGCUGCCAGCUCGCCCUACUUCCGCGACCACAUGUCCUUAAAUGAAAUGAGCACCGUUUCCAUUUCUGUGAUCAAGAACCCUUCUGUUUUUGAGCAGCUCCUUUCCUUUUGUUACACCGGCAGGAUUUGUCUGCAGCUGGCUGACAUCAUAAGUUACCUAACGGCUGCCAGUUUCUUGCAGAUGCAGCACAUCAUAGACAAAUGCACGCAGAUUCUUGAGGGAAUUCACUUCAAAAUUAACGUGGCAGAGGUGGAAGCAGAACUGAGCCAGACGAGGACAAAGCAUCAGGAGAGACCUCCAGAGUCGCACCGGGUGACGCCAAAUCUAAACCGUUCUCUGAGCCCCCGUCACAACACCCCGAAAGGCAGUCGCCUGGGCCAGGUGAGCACGGUGCUGGACAUUCGGGAGCUCAGCCCUCCAGAGGAGUCCACCAGCCCCCAGAUAAUUGAGCAGAGCUCGGACGUGGAAAGCAGGGAGCCCAUACUACGGAUUAACAGAGCAGGACAGUGGUAUGUUGAGACAGGAGUGGGAGACCGCGGCGGACGGACCGACGACGACGUCCGGGUUCUGGGAGGAGUGCGCAUUAAAACGGAGAACCUGGAGGAGUGGCUGGGGGCAGAGAAUCAGCCAUCGGGAGAAGAUGGGAGCAGUGCCGAGGAGGUUACUGCUAUGGUGAUUGACACCACGGGUCAUGGAUCAAUGGGCCAAGAGACGUACGCAUUAGGGUCCUCAGGGGCCAAAGUGGUCAGGCCGACCAGCAGUGAGAUUGACAGAUUUAGCCCUUCUGGCAGCAUGGUUGCUGUGACUGAGCGGUACAGGUCAAAAAGCGAGUCUCCCGGGCGGAUGGAUGAGCCCAAGCAGCCCUGUUCCCAGGGGGAGGAAUCGGCCAUGAUUGGGGUGAGCGGCUACGUGGAAUAUCUCCGGGAACAGGAAGUUUCGGAGCGUUGGUUCCGGUACAACCCACGGCUCACUUGUAUUUACUGCGCCAAAUCCUUUAACCAGAAAGGCAGCCUGGACCGGCACAUGCGUCUGCACAUGGGCAUCACACCUUUUGUCUGCCGCAUGUGCGGGAAGAAGUACACCCGCAAGGAUCAGCUGGAGUAUCACAUCCGCAAGCACACGGGCAACAAGCCUUUUCAUUGCCACGUCUGCGGCAAAAGCUUCCCUUUCCAGGCCAUCCUCAACCAGCACUUUCGCAAGAACCACCCUGGCUGUAUGCCUCUGGAGGGGCCUCACAGCAUUUCCCCUGAGACCACCGUCACGUCUCGGGGGCAGGCGGAGGAAGAAUCUCCUCCGCAGGAGGAAGCUAUUGCUGUGGGGGAGACGGCACAGGGAUCUGUGUCCACUACUGGACCAGAUUGAAGUACGGCUUGAGAGUCUGGGGAGGAAGGACCAUCUUCCCGUUUUGGCUCUAAAGAGUCAGCACCAACCUGGCAGGCUGGUACUGUAAUUAGUGCAAUGCCACCACUGGACAGAAAGAAGCUCCCAAGAUGUUGCCAAAAUAGAAAAAUCUUUUCUCUCUCUUUCUCUCUCUCGCACACACACACCCCCGCGCACACACACACACACACACACACACACACACACACACACACACACACACACACACCUAGAGUGUUAAGUGUUUUUCUCCCUUAUUCCUCACCCUCUUGGGGAAAAACAAAGCAACUGUGUCAAUCAACUUCUGAUUCAGGGAUCGACAGGAUUUUAAAUUUUUUUAAUAUUCGGUAGUGAUCCAGGACAAGCAGUCGUUUUUAUUUCUUAACAGCAUUUUGGCCCAGCAGUGGGGUCCCACUGGUGGCGUUGGCUCUUAGCCAGGCAGAUCCAGUGAGUCUCGUGCGCAGGGCUGUCCUCGCCGUAUCUGCUGGUCCAUCUCGAGGGGAGAGCAGGGGCAAGAUGCAGUUGCCUUUCACCUUUUCCCAGGUAGUUGCCACGUUAAAGAAAAACAAAGAGACUGUCCUGGUGGAACCUGCCUUGCCUGAGUGUAUUUAUCCCUGUUUUGUUUUAUUUUUUUUUGGUGUGUCUCUUUUUACAUUUUUACUUAAACCGUUAUUUUAGGGCUUCUGGCUUGCCCUUUCCAGGCGUGUGGCCUCAUGCCCCUUGCUAAAAGCGGGCACGGCUAUAAAGCAGUAUUCUAGAGGUCAGCAAAAUUUGAAGCGCUUAGGCUACUGAAAGUGAAAUUUAGCAGCUGUGAGGUUUGCAUUAGACUCUAAUGUGUUGGGGGAAGGGGUUUUUUUUUGGAAGGGGGAGGGUGUCCUUUGUUGUUGCUGAUCUGGAUAGUACAGAACAUUCUGGCUUCCUGACCGGUGCACUGCCAUGCUUCAAACGUUGCCAAGCGUUAGGAGGAGGUUUCUGGACUGGCUGAAUUGAUGAGUUAGAGGCUGGCUACCAAAGUCGUCCUUCACCCCUGCUCCCCCCUCUACGCGCACUUAUCUUUUAUAACAGCAAUAUGGUAUACAGAAGUACUAUAAUCCCAGCGAAGCAAUCAUGGAUGGUUGCUUUUAACCGUGUUUCUACAAACUAGUUUGAUAACUUUUUUAUCAAUGAAAUGCAAAAAGAAAAGAAAACCCUACUUUAUUUCCUCAUAAUGUUUCAGGAAACUUAAAGUUAAUGGUUCCUAGAGCAAUCACAGCUCUUCCCUUGCAUGGACUUCAACUUUUAUAUUCUAAGCUGCUCUGAUGUUUAGAGCAAGUUUAGCAAACCCAGAGAGACAUGCCUGCAUUGUGUAUUGUAGGUGUUUGCACGUGCUUACGUGUUUCAUAAAUGGAAACGCAUGGGACAGGUAGAUAAGUGCAAAUAUCUUGACAUCUUUUGAAGACGUCUUUUAAAAAUAUGCAAUAUUUUAAGAGUUUUCUUUGUUUGUGAUGCUGGGUUGUCUGUAACGGAGGGGGGAAAUGAACCACAGGUUGUGCAGACUGGAACUGGGAGAGGACGUGUGGUUGAAGGAAUGCUCUUGAGGCUGUAUAGCGCUUGUAAUAAGGAGGGACGAAGUUCGGAUCCUUAAGCUGGUGGGAGGAACAAUGAGACAUUAAAAAAGUACGUUUCAUCUUGCUUCGGCAAAGAAAGCUGGGCAAGUGGUUAGAGCGGGGGCUUGGCAGACAGUAGACGUACUAAGUGAAAACGAAGCUUGUCCGGCUGCCCGAUUACGGGCACGUGGAAAUUCUCCAGGCCUCACUCUUCCCCCACCUGCAAAUCGGGAAGAACGACCGUCUGCCUACCCCUUUAGACGGAAGAAGUCAGAGAAGGGUGACGCAUUCUUACCUCGCUCCCGUUUUGUGCAAGCGAGGGGUCUCACUGCUCCUCCCACCCCUCGCUGAAGAAGCAGAGACGUGGCUCUAGCGUUGGCUUGUGCGGGGAAGGGAAGGGAGCGGGGGCAACGGGGAGGUGCUCUUACGAGAGGAGCCUUUGCAGGUGCUCCGAGCAGGAUACCCGCAAAGUACCGUUUUGUUGACCGUUUCAAACGGGAAAACUGAUAUUUCACCUUCAUUUUCCUUCUGUCCCUCUCUCCUCUCCUGUCAAGCGCGUCACCACGCAGUGAAUGAUAUUGUGAGCAGCCACCCGAGGGACCAGCUACGUUCAGUUUCCUCUCGAAGGUCAAACAGAAUUGUACUGAAACUGUAAAGUUGCCAGAGAGCAGUCGCGGAAGAUGAGAGAGGAGAGGGUGGCUAAGGUAGGUUUCAUUGCAAUCGAGGUGUGGGGAGCAAUGGAGGUAUGCAGAGUAUGCUGCUUUAGUCAUAGCUUUUGAAGUUACCAAAAAUCAAAACGAAAAAAGUUAAAACCUUUGAAAUCCUAUCCUGUUCACACUAGAGAGCAUCAAGUUACUUUAGUUACUUAAAAGAUUUUUAAGUGUUUUAAAAUAGAACUUUUAAAAGAAU